CAAGUUCUUUCGGUGGCUUUAGAUUACCAAAUGAAUUAAAAUAUAUUAAUAUUAAAAUGCCAAACUUCACGUUUUUAGCAACGGCAGAAAGCUUUCUAGUUAUCGAAUGUAUAUAGGUCACAAAAACUUUUUGUGGAAAUUGAAGUUAAAUGAUAUGCAUAUUCCACCCACAUCAGGACACAAUCAGUAAACAAAUAGUGUAUGUAGUGACGUUUCCUAAUUUAAACAUUCAACAUAGUUUUAAUCUGCCAAUCAAAAAUGUUAAAGUUAUUAAUGCUCUAUUUCAAACAAACAGCGGACAGAUAUACCUGUUGUACAACCAUAAUAUAUACAUUGAAUUUAAUGAACCUGGAGAAAUACUUAAUCGUGAAAGAACAAGAGAUCUGUUUCCUGGAAUUCCUGAACAUCUAACUUCUGCAUUUAGAUAUAUAGAUGGACAUAUAUACUUUUUCUAUCGAAAUACCUACUAUAAAUACAGUGAAUAUACAAAAAAUUGUAGAAACAGGAACCCUCAGCUGGAAUCUGUUUGGCGUACCAUGUCCCUUCAUAUUGAAUCAAUUAAAAACUAUGUUAACAAAAAUAAUUUCGUUUUAUGAAUAAAAUAAUACUAAAG